CGCGCUCGAAUGGUCGCAAGGGUGCACGUGGUCGGGCGAAGCCGCUCGCCCAUUGGUUGGAGAGUCGGGUCGAGCGUAUGCGCUCUAUGGAUUUAGCUACCAUGGCGGAGCGAGGGCAGGGCGGGCCGCUAGUCUUAUCGAGACGUUGGUGAUGUUCGUAAAAAAUAUUUGUUUUGUUAUUAACAAAAAAUACGAGAAUCAAAAUGUGAUAUUAAUGCUCGUAUGUAUCAAAAGACGACGAAGAGGGACGAAGCGUGCGCUGUCAAGGGCUCUCGACGGUUAUAACGGGAGAUAGCUGCACCGCGUUUACAGACUGUCGUUGCUCACCUGCCGUCGUCAGGCCACCAGCAGCGUGGCCUCAACCGACCCCACCACCGCCACUCUUUCCUGAACCUUUAUCACUACCGCCACUACUGCCCAGUCUUUGCAACCACCACUGCCUCAGUCCCUUAACUCUGUCACAACCACCAGCAUAACGCCACAACGACCACCACCUUUCCUCGCCCACGAGAAUCUCCCAUCACCUCACCUCAAGUGACCUUUCUCUCCACCACUGCUACCACCACCACCACCACCACAUUUGCAUUUCCUCUCUCACCACAACUACAUCCCCUGUCCUUCCUUUUCCCAAUACAUCCAUUCUCCUUCCGUUCUCCACCUUACGCCACCUCUCUUUUCCACCACUACCACCUCCGGUACCACCACCUCCCAUCACUUCGACAACUUCUGUCUCUCACCUCAGUACCACCCUCCUCUACCAGCAGCAGCAGCACCACCACCACCGCCACUGUGAUCUAUCUUCUCCCUUGCCACCUCCUACCCUCCUCCCUCUCCACACUACCCGGCGGCCAUGUCUCGCGCCAAGAGCGCCGAAACAGUGCGCGUGGUGGUGCGGUGCCGCCCGAUGAACCCGCGUGAGUCGGCGGCAUCGUACGAGAGCGUCAUCACCAUCGACGUGCGCGCCGGGCAAGUGGCGAUCCGCAACCCGCGUGCCAACGCCGACCCAGCGCGCACGUUCACGUUCGACGCGGUGUACGGCGGCGAUGCCAAGCAGCUGGACAUCUAUGAGGAGAGCUUCCGGCCGCUCGUCGACUCGGUGCUGUGCGGGUUCAAUGGCACCAUCUUCGCGUACGGACAGACGGGCACCGGCAAGACCUAUACGAUGGAGGGCGUGCGCUCCGACCCAGAGCGCCGCGGCGUCAUCCCCAACUCCUUCGAGCACAUCUUCACGCACAUCUCCCGCUCGCAGAACCAACAGUACCUGGUGCGCGCCUCCUACCUGGAGAUCUACCAGGAGGAGAUCCGCGACCUACUCUCCCGCGACCAGUCACGGCGGCUGGAGCUGCGCGAGCGCCCCGACACGGGCAUCCACGUCAAGGACCUGUCGUCCUUCGUGACGAAGAGCGCGCGGGAGAUUGAGCACGUGAUGGGCAUCGGCAACCAGAACCGCUCGGUGGGCGCCACCAACAUGAACGAGCACAGCUCGCGCUCGCACGCCAUCUUUGUCAUCACGGUGGAGUGCAGCGAGCUGGGCGCCGACGGCGAGAGCCACAUCCGCGUCGGCAAGCUGAACCUCGUCGCUGCCGGCAGCGAACGGCAGGCGAAGACAGGGGCGCAGGGCGAGCGGCUCAAGGAGGCGACCAAGAUCAACCUGUCCCUGUCGGCGUUGGGCAACGUCAUCUCGGCGCUGGUGGACGGCAAGAGCACUCACGUGCCGUACCGAGACUCGAAGCUCACGCGCCUGCUGCAGGACUCGCUCGGCGGCAACGCGCGCACCGUCAUGGUGGCCAACGUGGGGCCCGCGUCGUACAACUACGAUGAGUCGCUCACCACGCUGCGCUACGCCAACCGCGCCAAGAACAUUCGCAGAACCGCCCACGGCGUCAACGAGGACCCCAAGGACGCGCUGCUGCGCGAGUUCCAGGAGGAGAUCGCGAGACUCAAGGAGCAGCUCGAGAAGCGGGGGGACGUCGGAGGAGGAGGAGGAGUUGGCGUGGGUGGUGGCGGCGGAAAGAAGAAGAGGAGGGGAGGGAGGAAGAGACCCGGGGAAGGGCCCGAUGAUGGCGAGGAGGAGGAUGACGAUGAUGAUGAGGUGGCGGAGGUGAGCGAGCAAGACGAGGAGCAGCGCCUGGUGGAGCGCCGCCAGCAGCUGGAGCGUGAGAGGCAGAGCAUCCUGGACGACCAGAGCCUGCUGGCCGGGGAGCGCGAGCGACUCAUCCGCGACACCGAGCUCAAGAUGGACGACCUCAAGCACCAACAAGAUGCGCGGGACUCACUCGCCACUAAGAUCAAGGCGAUGGAGAGUAAGCUGCUGGUCGGCGGGAAGAACAUUGUGGACCGGACAAAUGAGCAGCAGAAGGUUUUGGAACAGCGCAGGCAGGAGUGUGCCGCUCAGUCUCGGCGCGAGCGGGAAAUCCAGCAGAAGAUGGAGGCGCGUGACGAGGAGACGCUGGAGCUCCGGGAGACGUUUACCACGCUGCAGCAAGAGGUCGAGAUGAAGACCAAGAAGUUAAAAAAGCUGUUUGCGAAGUUGCAGGCCAUUAAGUCGGAGAUCACCGACCUGCAGGAUGAGCACAGCAAGGAGCGGCAGGAGCAGAGCAGUCUCAGAAACGAGUUCACGCGGGAACUUAAGCUCAAGUGUCUCAUCAUCGAGAACUUCAUCCCCCCCGAGGAGAAGACGAAGCUGAUGAAGAGGGUUUUCUUCGAUGAGGAUGAAGAGCAGUGGAAACUGCAGCCGCUGAUUCGCUCGCAGGGGGAGCAGCAGAUGAUGCAGCGGCCUGCGUCAGCCGUCGGAUAUAAGAGACCCAUUUCCCAGCAUGCCCUGGACUCAUCAGUCGUCGUUCCAAACCCUCGUUACCGGGCGGUGAACGUGGCGUCGCUGGAGCUGGACCCCCCCCACCGCACGACGCGCGACUACGAGGGCCCGGCGGUGGCGGCAAGCGUGCAAGCCGCGCUGGACGCCGCGCUGCUGCAGGAGGCCGACAUCCACGUGGACGCCGACGCCUCAUACGGCCUCGCCGACCUCGCCGGUGCAGCCACGGGCACCAGCGCCAGCGCUUCCUUGCGCAGGAGGGACCGGGCGAGGCCCAAAACGGCGAAGAAAUCUCCGUCUCCGAGCGGCCAUCCUCCCCCCUCGCAGCUUUACCCACAACCCCGGGGGCUCGUGCCCAAAUAAGGGCGUGCGGUCAAGUUACGGGGUCAAGUACAGGCAGGGAGAGAAUAGAAAUUUGACGGACUGUUGUCGACCCAACGUGUCCGCUCGUGCAGCCGAGGGUCGCCUUUACUUUUAACUUUGCUUUCACGCUUCUGAUUAAACGUGAACCGUGAAAAAGCUGUCAGGUGGCUGCGCGGGUGGCUCAGUUGGUCCAUAAUGGCUUUGUCGGGGCAGGGGGGAGGGGGUCACUGAGCCGACAAUGCUGAGAGAUCCUGGGAUGCGUCUCUCUCAAGGGGUGAGUGAUUUUGGUCCGUAACGGUCACAUUUAGAUUAUUAAGCUCGCGAUACAGAACAUACGUAGAAUCGUGUGCUUAAGAAUCGAUUUUACUUGAGUGCUUAUGCGUUGUAUGUAAUGGGUUCGCAUGACCCCCUGCAACCACUAGGGGUGAUGCAAUGCACCACAGUGUUAAAAGAAAAAAAAAUGAUUGUCAGGUUGAAUUUGUGAUCCUGAAUUGUGACACUUAGCGGAAUUUACAUUGGGAGGUGGGGGUGAAUUGUUACAACACAACACCCUAUUGAGCUGGCACAAUUGAGAUCCUGGGUGUGUGUGUCUUGUUUCUAACGGGAUUCAUCAUAAUCAGAAUAUUGAUACUGGAGGAAUUCGAUGAGCUAUGAAGCCCUUUUUCACAGAUAUCAAGUAGGGGCAUGGGGCAAGAACUUUAGAACAACCAACAAUACAAAAAUGGCCAUGUCGGAGCCAUUGAGUGGACCACCACUGACAUUGCGAGUUCAAAUCUGGGUUUCAGCCACCCAUUAUUACAGCACGUUCCUCGAGCGUUAACGAGUCGGACUCAAGCCAGUCCCCAACAUACACAAAAAAAGAAAGCCCAGCCCAAGCCUUCGAGGGGUUAAAAUUUGUAAAUAUUUCUGAUGGUAGACACGAGGCUUCCCCAACCGUUGUACUCACAAACACGCCUACCACUACCAUCGCCUAAUCUUAGCCGGAAAUCUGAGCAUUUGUCUUUUUGAGUCUUUGGAAACACUUUUGUCCAUUCCGUGCUGUCCACUAUCAUUUGUCGGAUGGUCCUGGAAAGACUUGAUAACCCACUCGAAUAUCAUUGUUCAGAGAGUAGUUGAGCGGAUUGAGUGAGUGGAUGAAUACGUUCAUCGUGGGGAGAGGAUACAAUAAAAACGAUCGGAAGUGGAUUGUAAAGUGUUCCAAAGAAGCCAGCAUGGGUUUCCAUUAUAAAUAUCUCCAUGUGGGUUAUAAAUUUUCAAUUUUUUACAGUUACAUCCCUCAUUUUAAGUAAUCGUCUUUUUGAUUAGGCAAGCGGAAUGCCCUUAACAUCAGUCAUCUUUUGCAAUAACUGGACGUCAGGGACAACAGCGUGUACUUCCUUUUGUACGUUGGAUGGUAAUGUUUCGAAUGACACUGGCGUGCGCUGGUCUGCGCACGUGCGAGUAACGACAUCACAGGGUCUUUCGCGAUUCCUUAUCAUGGCAGCCGUCGCGCUGUGGUUAUUAACGAUUUCAGUCGCGCGGUAAUAUUGCACCGAGCAGCGGUCGCGGGCCUUCUGAAACUGAAACAGUGCUCCGUUUUUUUAUACCGGGCCUACUUUUCCCUCACCAGCACUGCUGCUCCCCUGCUUUGCAGCAGCUCCAGAGCGAUAGCUCUCCGAUGCGUUUUCGGGUUUGCACCCGCGCCGUUGUUCAGCGUAACGUCCAACGGUUCACUCCAUGUGCUGGGAGCUUCUGCAGGAACUCGAUUCGGUUCCUAAACGGAAGGGAUCUUCCCGACGAAGCUCGAAGCAGUUAGCUGAAUUCGGUUCCCGAGGAAGAUCGUAGCACGUGGAGGGGAACGUCGGACGUCGUGCCAGACAACGUACGAUGUUGCGGCCAAAAAUCGCUCCGGAGAGCUGUACAGCACAACUGCAAAAGCCUACGCUGUAGCAGUCCUUGAAUUCCCUACUGCUGCCACCCUCUUGAACAGCUAUCCCAGAAUUCCCUACGAGUACCGUCGAGUGCCCUCUAACCCAACUGGCUACCAUCCGAUUUUCCUGGCUGCUCUAAAGUGGCACGGGGAAAAUGUUUUUCAUAUUCAGGUCGACAAAAGUCGCAAAUGUUUUGUAAUGCCUAUUUCGUGGUAAAGGCUGUGCCACACUAGGUUUUGCUGGUACCAAAAUUGUCCCAAAUCUUUGCCCCCAUUAGCCGUGAUUGUUAAUGUCUUCGUGCAUCUCUUUAAAAAAAAACAGGCAAACGACUUAGCUGCUGCAUUGUAAAGCGAUAAUCGAUUUAACCACUGCCAGGUGGUAGUGGUACAGCUUGCUGAAUUUUUGCGUUACUGGCACAGAGAGUUCAGUCCUCACAAUCUAUUACGCGGCGCCAGUAGUAGCAACUCGUAAUCCCAUCUUAGCGAGCUGGCUGGAUGGUUCACAGGGCUUAUAUUGGCCAUCUCAGUGCACUGAGCGAGCACCGCUAAGUUCCUUGGUUUGAGAUUAAGCCUACGUUUGUGCAGAGCAAGACUGGGGCUCUCGACUAAUUAUUCCACAAAAAUAAACUGUCAUGCAAAUGUAGCAUGGAAGAGUAGGCCAAUUACCCACGGGGGGGGGGGGCUCUAGCCCUCUCGUGGAGGCCCAUCUGCCAGCAGUGGCGUGAGCAAAGCAAUUCUACGGCUUCUCCUUUACCGUACGCGUGCACACAGCUUUUUCACUUAAUUCAUUCCAGCUGAUAAUUGAGGGCUGAAAUGUGCAAAUAUAUGGGAAGAGUGACACACGGUCAUGCGCUGUUUACAGAUCGUAAAGGUGCGCCGACUAGUGAAUAAGAGAGGCUUCUGCGCGAUGUGACGCCUUUUGAAGUGGCUAGGUAGUGUCAACUUUCGGGGCCCAUUCCCUUAGGGGCAGUGUUCUUCACUAAUUUUCGGAGCGGGGGUGGGCCCAGAGAUAAGUCUGAGGGCCACCACAGCACCUGUAAGGGGUGUUUUCAAAUUAGUGUAUUUGUCGGGGGGGGGGGGGGGGGGGGUGGGGGAGGUGCGGGCGCACGUCAGGGGCUGCACUAGAGGCCGGCUGAGGCAGCCAGUGUUCCGCGUGCUUUGCAAUGAAGAACACUGCCUUAGGUGAUGACACGAAGAUUUUGCCGCCUGUAAGAGUCGCCAGAAUGGGGGGGGGGGGGGGGGCGGGUGUUUGCCACAUACCUCAACUGUCGACAGCGCGAUUGGGAUGUAAUUGGUUGGAAAAAAAAUCUAUAUCUGAAGUUAAAUGAGCUAUAGUGAUUGGACAGGUUAGGUUUACCAAAAAAGAAUUAGCCCUUAGAUUUAUGUAGCCGAGAAUCCAAUUUAUGAAAACAGAGUGAUUUACCCGUACGGUAUAUAGCACCUAUAUCAUCCGAUACAAAACCUUCGUCUCAUCCGAUACAGAACUCUUGUCUCGGCUGAUAAAGAACCCUCGUGUCAAUCGACACAGAACCCUCCUUUAAAAAAAAAGGCUGCCUUAGUUUGGCUCGUGCAUUGUCUGCCAAUUCUGCUUAAUGUACAGUUACAUAACUCAAAAAAUCUUAAGAGAACGCACUAUAUUAAAUAACACUAAAGAUUAUACACCACUGUUACGGCGACCAGUUUACAAUUUAAUGUCGCCUCUUAUCCAACUUUAGUCAAAUAAGGCUUAGCUUAUUUGAUUCGGUAUAAUACACGUGCAAAUAUAUAUAUUAAUCAUACGCAGUGGGUGGGUUUGUAAGGCUGUUACUCCGAUUAGCACGGUUGGCUACAUACGGUGCGAAAGAAGGUCACCGUACUUAACAUACAUUGCGUAAGGCGUCACUAACCUUUACUUCAGCACGGCUUACUUUACAAACGUUAUAAGGGUAACAUUUGUGGCCAUAAAUAUACAAAUGGAUGCCCUUUCUGCCAGCAGUGGUGUGAGCAGGCAAGCUGUUGCAGGGCUAACACUUUAUAAACUUAACGCCACUAGCAGAUUUGCUCUUGGAAUUUCAUACCCUCUGUUUCCACCUAAAUAUUUAUUAAAAAAUGAAUACACUUGCGUUGGUGUUGUGAGGGGUCGUGUAAGAAAUUGGGUUGUAUUAAUGGUUAAAGUAACAAAAAUACAGUUUUAAUCGAUUAAUUUAGAGCCGGUUAUAUUUAUUGAGAGUGUUUUCUGUUGAUUUUUGUAAUGUGCGUCAGCAUGUUUGUGACAGAUUCCGGAUUGACGUAUAUAUAUUUUUGUAGAUUCACGUUUGGGAAAUGCACGCUGCUACUGAUCUAUUAAUUGGCAAAUAAACGGAUGUUUUUGUUUUGCCUUAA